AUGAGCGACUUCCGCCGCACGCAGAACACCUUCGGGGACGCCUUCCCUACCGCAGAUCAGCUACAUGGUGGCUUCAACUUCGACAACUGCCGCCGCAAUGAGCUCUUGUUCAGCCAGUCGGGCGGUAAGCAGAAGCUGAAGGCCACUAAGACAGGCACUACCAUCGACGGUGUGGUGCUGGGCGCCGACACGCGCUCGACGGGCGGCUCCAUCGUGAUGGACAAGAACUGCGAGAAGAUCCACUACAUCGCGCCCAAUAUCUACUGCUGUGGCGCUGGCACAGCUGCCGAUACGGAAAACACCACAGCUCUUAUUUCAUCGCAGUUGGAGCUGCACCGCCUGAACACGGACACGCAGUCGCGCGUGGUGACGGCAAUGACGCUACUGAAGCGGAUGUUGUUCCAGUACCAGGGUCAUGUCUCGGCUGCACUAGUGCUUGGUGGUGUGGACAUUACGGGCCCGCACCUCUACACCAUUUACCCUCACGGAAGCACGGACAAGCUUCCGUUUGUGACGAUGGGGUCGGGUAGUCUGGCCGCCAUGUCGGUGUUCGAGCACGGCUACAAGGACGACAUGACUGAGGACGAUGCUAAGAAACUGGUGCAGGAAGCAAUUCUGGCUGGUAUUUUCAAUGAUCUGGGCUCUGGCAGCAACGUGGACGUGACGACAAUCAAGAAGGUCAACGGCAAGGUGGAAGUGGUCAAGGAGUUUAACUGUAUCAAGCCCAACGAGGUGUCGGAGCUGCGGUCGCAGAUUAACCGGGACAUCGUCACGCACAUCCCGCGCGGAGCUACUCAUGUUCUAAGCUCCAAGACUGAGCUGUUCCCUGCCAGCAUUGUCGUCGAGGAGGCCACGCCCAUGGAACUGUAG